GCGGUGACGUCACGCCCCUGCUUGCCCGCUGCGAGGAGGACCACGCAGCGAGCUUGCAACGCCGCCGGCCGAGCGUCUGAGGUUCUCUUUGGAGUUGAUAUUCUAGUAGAUUUCAGCUAUGCAGACGAUCAAGUGUGUAGUCGUGGGUGAUGGUGCUGUUGGUAAAACCUGUCUCUUAAUUUCUUAUACAACAAAUAAAUUCCCAUCGGAAUAUGUCCCAACGGUUUUUGAUAACUAUGCUGUAACAGUGAUGAUUGGAGGAGAGCCUUACACCCUGGGCCUCUUUGAUACUGCAGGUCAGGAAGACUAUGAUAGAUUACGACCCCUCAGCUAUCCACAGACAGAUGUAUUUCUGGUCUGUUUUUCAGUGGUGUCUCCUUCUUCAUUUGAAAAUGUGAAAGAAAAGUGGGUACCUGAAAUUACUCACCACUGUCCAAAGACUCCUUUCCUGCUUGUUGGGACCCAGAUUGAUCUAAGAGAUGAUCCCUCCACAAUUGAGAAACUUGCCAAGAACAAGCAGAAGCCCAUAACCCCAGAGACGGCUGAGAAGCUGGCCCGGGACCUGAAGGCCGUCAAAUACGUGGAAUGCUCUGCCCUUACGCAGAAAGGCCUAAAGAAUGUAUUUGACGAGGCGAUAUUGGCUGCCCUGGAGCCCCCGGAGCCGAAGAAGACCCGCAGGUGUGUGCUGCUAUGAACGUCCCUCCACUGCCCCUUCUGCAAAGCUGGUGUUUGAUGUCACAUUAAAAGCAAUGUUUAAAUCAAACUAAAGAUACAAAUUCUAAAAUUUGUUUUUUUGCAAUAAUGACAAAUGCCCUGCACUCCCAUCUCCCCCACACAACCCCUGUGUGAGAUGAGAAUGUUAGUGUUUAUUCCCCAGUGCCCCCUCAAUUCAGUUAAACUAGUUAAUUUCGAGUAACUAUGUAUUAUCAGAAAACACUGAUCAGUACUAGUUUUUUAUUUUGUUUAUUGUUUCUAAUUUUUUUUUUUUUUGUUUAACAUCAAGGCAUGCUCAAUGACUUUUUCUGUAACAGACUAAUUUUAGGCUGUUUUACUGAAGCCUUGCCCCUUAAGCCAGUCUGGCAAGACUUAGUUCUGGUUUCAAUACCUUGUAGGGCUGUUCUGCAUUCAGUCAGCAGCCUGGGUGUGAGCAGACUUUAGUCAGGAAAGCAAAAUGUCCCAAGCUGGUGCUUCUCUAAGAAGGAGUGCAGAAAAUGCAUCUCCUCUGAAGUUGCCUUGUAUCUUUUUUCCGCUGGCUUUUUACUGUGCAGGUCAUAAAUUUCUACCCCAUCCUCUAAAUUAUGAAGCCUUAGGAAUAGGAGAACCAUUUUCUCUGGAUGCACCAUCAGACUUGAAACUAACUUGCCAGUGUCUCACUUAAUUGUUGCCAUCAUAAGCUUUUGGCUCGUGAUGAAGAAAUAACUGCACCUUUGGAAGCAUGCCUAGCUCCAUCAGUCAGCUUUUAACAAACCCAUCUUCUGCCAAUCCUUAACUGUUAGAGAAAUGCUUACCAUGAUCUGCACAUACACUGCUGCUUGGACACCCUGAGGGGGGCCCAGGGUCUGCAGCCAUGGCCUUUGGAGCUGGCUCUGAUGGUGCAUCUCCUGCUGGAUGGCUUGGCAUCCUUCAGGGAGGGGUGGAAAGACAGACCUGUGUCAGUGGGAAGGAACUGCAGGGAGGGGCUUCUGGUGUUUAGUGUGGCACCAUACCGGGACCAGUUCAUGGAACCCCUUCUCCUGCAACCUGAACCUGUAAGGUGGACUCCAGCCCCUGAGGAUCAUGUGCAGGGUCUGUGUGCAGACCAACUGCAGUGUCGUAACGAUUUUACCAAAUAUGUAUUUUGGCCUGCAAAUUCAAAGUUUUUUAAGACUUAGUGAAUCUUCUCCAUCUUCCAAAAUUCCGAUUUCUCGUAGACUCAUUAGUGUUGAACCAAUGCUUUUUCAUGUCUAAGUUCUUUGUAUAUGCAUUCUUUUCAGAUGUAUUAAACAUAAAGUAUCUUCACAA